CUGCUACCAGCACCACAGCCUAGCACCCCACCGCGUCUAGGGUUUUCUGCUCCAAUGGCCGCCGCGAGGGCAGACGGGGAGCGCAGGAUCGGGGUGGCCAUCGACUACUCGGAGAGCGCCAAGAAGGCGCUGGACUGGGCCAUCGACAACCUGCUCCACCACGGGGACACCCUCGUCGUCGUCCACGUCCUGCACCACGGCGCGGAGGAGACCAAGCACACGCUCUGGGCCAAGUCCGGAUCCCCGCUGAUCCCACUCUCCGAGUUCCGGGAGCCCGAGGUGAUGCAGGGCUACGGCGUGCGCCCCGACGCCGAGGUGCUCGACGCGAUCGACACGGCAGCGCGCCAGAAGCAGCUGAAGGUGGUGGCGAAGCUGUACUGGGGCGACGCCAGGGAGAAGCUCUGCGACGCCGUCGAGGAUCUCAGGAUCGAUUCCCUCGUCAUGGGUAGUCGCGGCCUCGGCCCGAUCCAGAGGAUUCUCCUGGGAAGCGUGACAAACUACGUGCUGUCAAACGCAUCGUGCCCGGUGACAGUCGUCAAGGGGAAGUAGUGGCCUGGGCAGCGUGCCAGUGAUAUGAAUGAAGAUGCUAGCGUGCAGUUUGUGUGGGUUAUAGCUAAACACUAUGUUCCGUCCUGUUGCUGCAUUUCAAUAAAGCAUGUGUCUUCUAGAUUUCACAAAUCUCUCUGAGGCUCUGACCUUUGUCUUAUUAGCUGUGAAACUGUCCGUACUUCAUUCCUGUUCAGAUCGAAUUCGAGGAUUGGUUCAU